GGGGCUAAGUCCUCCAGUGGUGAGGUCAGGUCACUGGGAGCCCAGUAGGUGGCGGGGCAGGUGGCGGUCCGCUGGGGAAGAGGCGGGUCGUGGGCUUUGGGGCGGACUUAGCUGCCUCUGGACUUCAGGGUGCAGCUCCCGCAGCCGCAGCGGUGGCGGUAGGGACGCGGGCAGGAAUGGAGGGGGACACCGAGAACUGCGUGGCUUCCUGGUGGGACAUGGUGGUGAGGAACCUGCGAUCUAUUCCACACUCCUGUCCAACACUUGGAAGAAAAAUUGCCGCUCUGUAUGACAGCUUUACUAGUAAAUCAUUAAAAGAACACAUUUUUCCUCCUCUGAUGAACAUGCUUAUCUAUUUUAAUUGGUUCAAAAUACCAUUUGUGGAUUUUAAAAAACCAGAGCUAAAGAUUCCUCAUACAGUGAACUUCUAUAUCAGAUGUGAACCAAAGGUGAUUUUAGGAAUCUGGCACACGGUUCCCAGCUGCAGGGGGGAAGAUGCUAAGGGGAAGGACCGUUGCUGGUAUGAAGCGGCUCUUCACGAUGGCAAUCCAAUAAUUGUUUAUCUUCAUGGCAGUGCACAGCACAGGGCAGCAUCUCAUAGACUUAAGCUAGCAAAGGUGCUGAGUGAUGGUGGCUUUCAUGUCUUGAAUGUUGACUAUAGAGGGUUUGGGGACUCUACUGGUGAUCCCACAGAAGAGGCACUGACUGCAGAUGCUGUUUGUGUCUAUGAGUGGACCAAGGCGAGAAGUGGUGGCACCCCUGUGUGUCUCUGGGGCCAUUCUCUGGGUACAGGAGUUGCAACAAAUGCUGCAAAAGUACUAGAAGAGAAAGGGGCCCCAGCUGAUGCGAUUGUCCUGGAAGCUCCAUUUACCAACAUGUGGAAUACAACUAUCAAUUAUCCCUUGUUUAAGAUUUACCAGAAAUUUCCAGGAUUUUUACUCAUGCUUAUGGAUGCCCUGAAAAAAGACAAAAUAGUCUUCCCUAGUGAUGAAAAUGUUAAAUAUUUGUCUUCUCCCCUGCUCAUGCUACAUGGUGAGGAUGAUAAGACAGUGCCUCUGGAGUUGGGAAAACAGCUCUAUGAAAUUGCACACAAUGCAUAUAGGGUGAAAGAGAGGGUCAAGAUGGUGAUCUUUCCCCCUGGUUUCCGGCACAACCUCCUUUGUAAUAGCCCAGCACUGUUACCAACUGUGAGAGAUUUCCUGAGCAAGCAGUGGGCAUGAGGUCUGAGAGCAGCAGAAAUCUUCAAGGAAGACUUGGCCCCAACACUACUUGUGAUCUAUAUUUUUUGAUGUGAAAUUUUGCUGGACUGCUUGGAUGAGUUGAAAUUGUUGACUUUUUGAUAAGUCACCUGCCAUUUUAGUAAGGGAAAGCAUGGAUGCUAGUGAUUUGGAAUGUUCUAAUUUAGUUUACCAUUGUCUCUACUUCCUGAAAUCUGCUAAAAUCUCACCAUGGAGAGCCAGAACUUAGUAAACUUUGCUUCCCACCAAACAUCCUGGGGGCAUUUGUGGAUGAAGUUUCUUUUACUUUGAUGCGAUACACCAAUUCCAUUUCAGGUUCUACUUCUGUUUUCUUUUCUGAAGAUGUUCUUGGUUUGACCGUAGACUGCAUUCCAAUGGAAUUAAAUACUUUGCAUUUUAAUUUCACUAAGCAGUAUUAAACAGUUACAAGUUGUUUUCUAGCUUUCUAAAUGGUGUUGGGGAAAGUUCUAUCAUUUUAGUCUAUCAUUUAUU